AUGCAGUCGACGUUCGAACUGUUGCCUGAUGAAGUUUUAAUGAUUAUUAUUGGAUACUCAGGUGAUGUUUAUUCUAUAAUUCGAACAUUUCUCGGCUUAAAUCAACGUCUAAAUUGUAUUCUUCUCGAUAAACGUUUACAUUUGUUAACUGAUUUUCUAUAUAUCAAAAUUGCCGAUGAAAUCUUUGAAUCCUAUCAUAAUUCUUUACAAUUUCAACAUGUAACACAAAAACUGGUAACAAAUAAUGGAUUACAAAAUGAAAAUCAAACUAUUGAAUGGCUACGAGUAUUAGUCAUGUUUAAUAUAAAAAGCAAAUAUAUCAGCGCAGAUAAUAAUUUUCAGCUUUAUGGCGACCGAUUACAAAUUCUUCGUCAAAACUUAACUCACAAUGAACUUCAACAAGUAGAUCAUGAUUUAGCAAUCGCGUUAGAUCCAUUAAAACCGAGUUCGAAGACGAUCAAGCAAAUUUGUUCACUUAUUUAUGAACGCGGUGCGCGUCUCGAAUAUAUGAGUGAUCAGCUGAACAUGUUUGAUUUAGCUAGAUUGAUCAAUAAUCAAAUGUUUCUCUGUUAUCAAUCAGAUCCUAAAAAAUGCCAUCGAUAUUUCUAUCACCUGAUCUCGAUGUUUAAGGGAAUGAUUUUUUCGAAUCCACAUCUUCUAAAUAAUUGCAGCUUUAUGAGUUACGGUUAUGAUGUUAUACAUUUUUUACUCUGUACUAUUUUCCAAAGACGUUUCAUCUAUAAGCAUCAAUCAUCGACGAGUAACUUGUACUAUUACCAGUCGUUUGUCGACUUAUUUUUACUAUCCAUACAAUGUCGACGAUCGAUCACGAUCGGUAAAAAUUGGGCUGAAACUUAUUUUUUCGAAAUAUUAUACAGAAUAACAGCGGAAAAAGAUCGAAUCGACAAUCAUAGUGAUAUAUUUAUUCAAACAACAGAAAUAGAACUAUUAAACAUUCUUCAAGAUGAAUAUUAUUUACAAAUAAGCAUACCAUGGAACGAAAAUUCCAAGGAUUUAUUUACACGAGCUCUGAAUCGUUUUUUUCGAAUGAAUUACAUUGAUUUGAUUCUUUUAAUAUAUCGACACAAUGAACUUUUACGCACAUUUUUUAAUACUACAGAUUAUAUCGAAAGAAAUAUUGGUAUUAUGAUUGGUAAUCGUAUGAGAAAACAAUUAUUAAAUACACUUAUUGAUGAAAAACCGUUAGCAUUAUGUUUCAUUAAUAGAAAUUUUCUAUUUAGACUCUUAGAUAAAAAACAAUUUCAAAUUUUAAAGAAAACUAUCGAAUUGUCGAAAUCAGUAUUGAAUUUAAUUGAUGACGAUGGUAAUGACCUAUUGCUAUAUUUGUGUUUGAAAGUUCGUGGUUGUCGACAUCGGUUCAUUCAAUAUCUAAUUGGUAUUCGCAGUAAUACCCAAAGGAUCAAUUGCCAUGGUCAAUCAUUGAUCGAUAUAUUAAAAUUAAAAAAAAUAGAAGCCUAUUGA